AUGCAACUCCGUUCUUUGGUAUUCUGGCUCUCUUUUGGGUCUCUGACUUUGGCAUUGCCGUCUUCGCGAGGAUCCAUCGAAAGCCGAGACCUUGUUGAAAGACAAGAUGGAGCAUGUACAAAUGGCCCCCGGACACGAAAUUGUUGGAGCAACGGUUAUUCCAUUGCCACUGAUUUCGAUGCCAAGUCGCCCCCUGAUGGCACAAUUGUGACAAUUUCAAAUGUCACGCGGGCGAAUCCAGAUGGAAGCGGCGGAAGUCGACCUAUGAUGCUCAUCAACAACCAAUACCCUGGUCCAACGAUUCGAGCAAAAUGGGGCGAUACUUUGGUCAUUAACGUGAAGAACAAUCUGCGAGAUAACGGCACCGGCAUCCACUGGCAUGGCGUUCGGCAACUGAACACUUGCCAGCAUGAUGGAGUACCCGGAAUCACCGAAUGUCCAAUUGCCCCAGGAAAAACACGCCAAUAUCGAUUCCGAGCGACUCAAUUCGGCACGACGUGGUACCAUUCCCACUGGAGUGCACAGUACGGAGACGGUGUACUCGGUACUUUGAUCAUCGAUGGCCCUGCUACGGCCAACUAUGAUGAGGAUCUGGGCGUUCUACCUAUAACUGAUUGGUAUUAUCCGCCGGUUUUCACUCUGAAUGAGGUUGCUCAGCAUUCUGUCCGUGGACCGCCUCCGGCCGACAAUCUCCUCGUAAAUGGCACUCACAUCAAUCGCAAUGGCGGAGGAAACUACGCCAAGAUGACUGUAACCAAGAACAAGAAAUACCGUAUUCGAAUUAUCAACACUUCGGUCGACAACUACUUCAGCGUUUCCAUGCAUGGUCAUCCCUUCACUGUCAUCACUUCUGAUUUUGUGCCGAUCAAGCCAUUCAUCACCGACCAACUAAUGAUAGCCAUCGGCCAACGCUACGAUGUAAUCAUCAACGCUAACCAGACAUCUGGCAACUACUGGUUCCAGGUAGCCGUCGGAGCCUGCGGUAGCAACUCAAUCUCAACCGCAGGCGUACAACUCGGUGCCAUCCUGCACUACAGCGACGCCCCAGAUACCCAACCCACAUCCACAGGCGUCACUCUACGCACAGCUUGCGUAGAAGAAUCGACCAAAAACCUCGUCCCCUUCGUGCCAAACGAAGUCCCAGCCUCCGUCGUCGGCACCGCCGACCAGUUAACCGUAAACAACUUCCAAGACCCCAACAAGGACAACCUCUUCCGCUGGCUCAUCGACGGCACCCCCCACGUCGUCGACUGGAACAAUCCCUCCCUCGAAACCGUCCUCGCAGGCAGCACCAACUUCGGCAACAACUCAAACGUCCACGAAAUGCCCUCCAGCGGCUGGUACCUCUGGUGGAUCCAGUCCACCGCCUCCAUCGCGCUGCCGCACCCCAUCCACCUACACGGCCACGACUUCUACAUCGUCGGCUCCGGCUCCGGCACCUGGGAUGGGACUACAGCCGGCCUCACGCUGAGCAACCCUACCCGUCGCGAUACGUCCACGUUGCCCCCGGGGGGCUAUCUGCUCAUGGCGUUCCCCGCGGAUAACCCGGGUAUGUGGAUUAUGCACUGCCAUAUUGCGUUCCAUGCGUCGCAGGGACUUAGUAUGCAGUUUAUGGAGCGUAGGAGUGAGAUUAAGGGGUCGAUUGGGGAUACGGGCGCGUUUAAGACGGGGUGCGAUGAGUGGGAUGGGUAUUGGUUUCCUGGUAAUCAUCCCUAUGAGAUGACGGAUUCGGGGAUUUAG